CAUGUACAAAUUAUGUAAGAACCUAAGAGAGAGAUAGGAGGAAAUUGAAAUCAGCCUGUUUAAUACAUUUAUUCUAAUUCAAUGUCAUUGAAUGAUUUUCAGCUUGUAAAGUUGAGCUUGCAUUUUAGACUCUAGGUAAAAUAAAUCCCUUUAUACUGCCAAUAUAAACAUAUACUCCUCCCUUUGCCCUCCGCCAGCUGUAGUUGAUGCAAUAACAUGGACUUUCUGCUAGAAGCCUUUGUUCUUUUGCACAGCCACUCCUCUGGGGUCUAGGCUCCCUGGUUGGUUACUGUACUGGGUUCUCGUGACCACAGCAGGUGGAUCUGAGCAGCUGCUGAAGUUAAUAAGCUGCCGAACGAGGGAAAAGGAGGGUAGUGGCAAUUACACAGCAAACUCUGUGAAACAGUAUUUUUCCUUUAAUACUUCCAAAAUGAAAAUUGAUAUUCAUAGCCACAUUCUACCUAAGGAAUGGCCUGACCUGAAAAAGAGAUAUGGAUAUGGUGGAUGGGUACAGCUGGAUCAUCACUGCAAGGGACAGGCAAAGAUGAUGAAGGAUGGAAAGGUUUUUAGAGUUAUUCAAGAGAACUGCUGGGAUCCAGUGGUACGGAUUAAAGAGAUGGACCUAUCAGGAGUUACAGUCCAAGCCCUUUCCACUGUCCCUGUAAUGUUCAGUUACUGGGCGAAACCUCAGGAUACUUUAGAUCUAUCCCAGAUGUUGAAUAAUGACUUAGCUGAUACAGUAAAAAAGUACCCCAAGAGGUUCAUUGGCUUGGGUACAUUACCUCUGCAAGCUCCAGACCUGGCUGUGAGGGAAAUGCAUCGGUGUGUGAAGGAACUUGGAUUUCCAGGAGUACAAAUAGGAUCUCAUGUCAAUGAGUGGGACCUGAAUGCACCAGAACUCUAUGAUAUUUAUGCUGCCGCUGAACAACUAAAUUGCUGCCUUUUUGUACACCCCUGGGACAUGCAGCAGGAUGGAAGGAUGUCCAAAUACUGGUUUCCUUGGCUGAUAGGCAUGCCAGCAGAAACAACCAUGGCCAUUUGCUCCAUGAUUAUGGGAGGAAUUUUUGAAAGAUUUCCUAAGCUGAAAGUUUGCUUUGCACAUGGAGGAGGUACCUUUCCAUACACAGUGGGGCGAAUCUCUCAUGGAUUCAACAUGCGCCCCGAUUUGUGUGCAAUGGAUAAUAAGGUGGAUCCAAGAAAAUACCUCGGUUCAUUUUACACAGACUCUCUUGUCCAUGAUCGUGGUGCACUAAGGCUCCUAACAAGUGUAAUAGGAGAGGACAGAGUUCUUUUAGGGACAGAUUACCCUUUUCCACUGGGGGAACUCGAACCCGGAAAACUGAUUGAUUCAAUGGACGAUUUUGACAAUAAACUGAAGGAUAAGCUCAAGGCCGGCAACGCUCUGGAAUUUUUGGGCCUUAGCAGAAAGCAGUUUGAAUAACGCCGAAGAUCCCGCGGAGGCCCGGCUUCAGAAGCAGCACCGAAUCCUCAGGGCCGCCCCGACUCUCCCGCGCGGCGGCGCUGUGGGACAAAGCCGGCCGGCCGCCGCGCGCCGUUGUUUCCCGCGCACAGCGGAGGACGGAGCAAUUCUUCACAGCUCCGAAACCCCCGUUUGCUUUAUUAGAUUCAGCUUUAAUUCUGUGCCCAAGGAAGGGAAUGGCAACUCGCUCAUUCCUGUAGCGCACUGACUUUCACGGACACUUAAAUGGGCUUAAGAGGAAAAUAAGAUUUCUCCAUACACUUAAACCAGCGUCAUUCACCCUUCAGGUUCUCCCGGUCCCCCAGCACUGAGCAGUACCUGUCUGUUCCCCCGGACACUGACUGACUCCGCGAUCCCAGGCGCUACCGAGACUAUCUCGGAGCACGCACAAUGUCCGCUCGGUACGCCCGCCGGCCGCAGCACACCUCACCCGCGGGCUGACGGCCCGGGCUGCUCCGCCGCUCACCCCUCCCUCCCGC